AUGGCGGCUGAGACGUCCUCUGCGCGCGGCUCGCUCGAGGAAGGAGCGCCCCUCCUCUCGGCCACGGCCACGGAAAACACGUCGCGCGCAUCGUCGCCCGCACCGCUGGCCGGGCCCGCCACCAAGAAGAAGCCCUGGGUCUGGCUGGUGUUCCUGGCCUUCACCCUCAUCACCAUCGUCGACGUGGGCGCCUUCCUCGCCGAGCCCCCAAAGACCCGCGUCUUCGAGGCCAACAUCUGUCGCCGGUACUACGAGGAGAACGACCCUUCCAAAAUCGGCGACGACGGCUACGUGCCCGAGGCCCUGUGCAAGAUCGACGAGGUGCAGCAGCAGCUGGCCAUGAUCUUCGGCUGGCAGGACACGUUCGAUGCCAUCCCAGGCCUCGUGCUGGCGAUACCCUUCGGUGCGCUCGCCGACAAAUGGGGGAGAAAGUGGGUCUUCGUUGCGUCCCUGGUUGGCCUGCAGCUCAACUCGGCCUGGAUCCUCUUCAUCUGCUACUUUCGCACCCUGCCGCUGCAGCUGACCUGGUUCUCCUCGGCCUUCCUCUUUGUCGGCGGCGGGCCCGUCGUGGCUUCCGCGCUGGGCAUCACCAUGAUCUCCGACAUCUCUCCGCCGGAGCAACGCACCAACAUCUUCUUAUAUUUGACCGCGUCCGUGCUGAUUGCCGAGAUGUGUGCCCCAAUCAUGGCCUCCAAGCUCAUGGAGACGGGCUUGUGGCUCCCGCUCCUCCUCGCGCUUGCGAUACAGCAAGUUGGUGUCACCGUGGGCAUCUUCUUCCCCGAAACGCUCCACCUUCGAGACCUGCCUGAGCCACGGGAUCGCGACGAUGCCAGCAUUGAACUGCAGGCCAAAGACGAGGGACACGGCUUCAAGACACAGCUGAAACAUUUCAAGUCUGCGCUGCUGUUGCUGACGAGCGAUAUCCAGCUUGCGCUGAUUGUUGCUCUCUUCGUUGUCAACAGACUCGGAAGGCAGGGUCUGACUUUGCUCAUCCGCUACGCCUCAAAGCGGUACCACUGGGAGAUCUCAAAGGCGGCGUAUCUGCUGUCGUUCCGCGCCGCUACGAACCUUGUUGCUGUAGCUGUUUUUAUCCCCGUUGUCAACCUCAUCCUCUUGAAAUAUCUACGUCUACCCGUUCAUUGGGCUGACCUGUGGUUGAUGCGUGGCUCGUUGUUGAUCACAGCUUUAGGGUUCUUCGCCAUGGCCAUGGCUUUCCAGCCUGCCAUUCUCAUCCUAGGUCUGCUCGUGUUCAACCUUGGGACGGGAUCGAGCGCCGCGAUGCGAUCAGUCUCACUGCACCUUGUUGGCGGCCAAUCAAGUCCUGAUGUAGGAAAGCUCAUGAGCUUGAUUGCUGUGACCGAGAACAUCGGCGUCAUGUUCGCUGGACCGCUCCUGAAUGAGGCUUUCAAGAAGGGCAUGGAUAUGAAGGACGCUUGGUUGGGGCUCCCUUUCUUCGGCGUGUGUGUCCUCUAUGUUCUAGCCACGAUGGUGUCAUGCCUCGUUAGCGUGAAAGAUAAAGACAUGGCCUACGUUGAGAUUGCCACAGACGAAGAAGAAGUAGACGCUGAGCAUGGAACAAGUUCCGCGCUAGAGGACACUCUUCCAACAAGACAUGCAACAUAG